CGUCCUUGGCCUCGUCGUUCAGCACUAAUCGGGUGUUCUUUCCUUUUUUCAGUGCGUCGGUGAGCGGGGCCGCCAUGGUCGCGAAGUCCUUGACGAACCGGCGGUACCAUCCCGCUGUUCCCAGGAAGCUUCGUAACUCCUUCACCGAUUUCGGCUCCGGAAUCUUUUGGAUUGCGGCGAUCCUGUCCCCAUCCAUCCGAAGUGUCCCUCCACCGAUUAUGAACCCGAGGCAUUCCGCUACCAACCGGAGAUACUUUAGAUGGGUCUCGAAGUCUGGAGCGAUGAUUAGCAGGUCGUCCAGGUUCCACUCCUCGAUUACAGACUCUUUACCGGCUUUGCCAUCCAGCCACGGAUUUGUUGCGUCCCACAAUUCUUCCACGUUCGCCUUCGGUUUCGUUGCUGGUAUCUCUCCGAGGAUAGCCGGUGCCAACGCGAAUUUCCUCCAGAAAUCGAUCCCAAGGUAUAACUCUUGCUCCAGGUACGGGCAUACGUAAAAGGUAAGUACCUUC